GAAAGCGAGUACCCUCUUUCUCCUCUCUUCUGCCGCACUCGUGCAGACUGCUGAACAGAGGAGCGUUUCAGGGACUGGUGAAGAUUGCUUUGUUACAACCUCUAUUGCCUACCCACCUGUGUCGCGGACUGACCGAUGCCAGUAGUAUAACAGACCUGUAUAAAGUAGCUCGCACUGAAUGGAAUAAUAUCUCUUGGUGAUCCGGCUUUCACAAAUGUGGGAUUUGUAAUAGGCUACUGAGCUCUUGUGACAUCGUUGGAUUGAACAGUACUGCCUCUUGGAAGUGGACAAAACAUGGACUAAUUUUGAAUCACAAUGGGAUUAAAACUAUUUCUUGUCCUCGGUUUAUUCUGCGUCACCUCAGUUUUAGGUUUCGGGGUUGAUCCUGCUCUACGCAUCAAUGUUUUCGAUGAAUUGACGCUUGGAGAGGGUUUUGAUGGAGUUAAUCAAGUCCAGGGCUUUCACAGCGAGUCUCGGGCGUUCCACUUUCAAGGUUCGUCCAGGGAGGUGAAGGCCCCUGAGGAUGUGUCUGCGCGGAUGCUCCAGAAGCUGAGGGGCCGGACUGAGUUCACCGUGCUGGUCACCCUGAAACAGGAGCACCUCAACUCUGGGGUCAUCCUCUCCAUCCACCACUCUGAACAGAGGUUCCUGGAGUUGGAGAGCAGUGGGCAGCGCAGUGAGGUGCGUCUCCACUACCGCACCAAGGGUCAGCAGGCCCACACUGAGGUGUUCCCCUACAGCCUGGCAGACGGACAGUGGCACAAGGUCUCUGUGGCGGUCAGCGCCUCCCACAUCAUACUGCACGUCGACUGCAACAGGAUCUAUGAGAGGGUAGUGGAGAUCCCGUUCAUGGACAUACCUGAUGACACAACUUUCUGGCUGGGACAGAGGAACAGCGCCCAUGGCUACUUCAAGGGUGUAAUGCAGGAUGUUCAGAUACUAGUCAUGCCUCAGGGAUUCAUCUCCCAGUGCCCAGAUCUCAACCGGACAUGCCCAACCUGCAAUGACUUCCACGGACUGGUGCAGAAGAUCAUGGAACUGCAGGAUAUCUUAGCCAAAACAUCCAGCAAGCUGUCCAGGGCGGAGGAGAAGAUGAAUGGUCUGGAUGGAUGCUAUUGUGAGAGGACCUGCAGUGUCAAGGGGGUCGUCUACAGAGAGGACGAGUCCUGGACAGAUGGCUGCAGGAACUGCACUUGCUCGAAUGGCACAGUGCAGUGUGAGAUCAUCUCCUGCCCUCCCCCUCAGUGCCCAGCGGGCACCAUGCCUGCCUACAUGAAGGGCGCCUGCUGUAUGGCAUGCCAACCGGUAUGCCUGUUCAAAAAAGAAGAGUUGGUGGAGGGAGAUCAGAAAGCGGUGCGUGACAACUCUGGCAGAUGCCAGCUGUCCGAGUGCAGGGACACGACUAUGCAUCAGGUCGUCAUGACUACCCCCUGUCCUGAGCUCAACUGUCCAGAGUCCGAGCAGGUCAACCUCACCGACAGGUGCUGCAAAGUCUGCAGAGGUCAUGACUUCUGUGCGGAGGGCCACGGCUGUGUGGAGCACUCUGACUGUAUCAACUUGGAGGCUGGGGCCCGCUGCAGCUGCAAGGAUGGCUUCCACCCGCUCCGAGAUGACAACGCAUACUGUGAAGAUAUCGAUGAGUGUGCGGAGGGGAAGCACUACUGCAGGGAGAACACCAUGUGUGUUAACACCCCCGGAUCCUUCAUGUGCAUCUGUCACAGGGGAUACAUUAGGAUCGAUGACUACUCCUGCACAGAGCAUGAUGAGUGUGUGAGUGGACUGCACAGCUGCGACCAGAAUGCCCUCUGUUUCAACAAGGUGGGAGGGCACAGUUGCUCCUGUAAGCCAGGAUACACUGGUAAUGGCACCGUCUGCAAAGCGAUGUGUGACGGCCUGUGCCAGAAUGGAGGAACCUGCAUCUCGCCAAACAACUGCAUCUGCCAGCAAGGCUUCACGGGGAAGAGGUGUGAGACAGACAUUGAUGAGUGUUCUGAUGGGUUCGUGGAGUGUAAUGACAAAGCCAUCUGUGUCAACCUGCCCGGCUGGUACCACUGCGAGUGUCGUGAUGGCUACCACGACAAUGGCUUGUUCUCUGCCAAUGGGGAGUCGUGCAUAGAUAUCAACGAAUGCAAGAUGGGGAGGAACACCUGUGCCAAUGACACGGUGUGCUUCAACUUGGAGGGGGGCUAUGACUGCAGGUGCCCCCACGGGAGGAACUGCACCGGAGACUGUAUCCAUGACAACAAAGUCAAACACAACAGACAGAUCUGGGUGCUGGACAACGAUAGAUGCUCCGUCUGCUCCUGUCAGACUGGCCAGGUGAUGUGCAGGAGAAUGGUGUGUGACUGUGAGAACCCCACAGCUGACCUGUUCUGCUGUCCAGAGUGUGACCCUCGCCUCAGCAGCCAGUGUCUGCACCAGAAUGGCCUGCUGACCUACGGCAGUGGAGACUCCUGGGUGGAGAACUGCCAGCAGUGCCAAUGUCUGCAGGGUCAGGUGGACUGCUGGCCCCUGUCGUGCCCGCCAGUGGACUGUGAGUUCACGGUGGUGCCCGAAGGCGAGUGCUGUGCCCGCUGCAUCAUCGACCCCUGCCAGGCCGACACCAUCCGCAACGACAUCACCAAGACGUGCACGGACGAGCACGGCAUCCAGCGCUUCAGCGGCUCCUCCUGGAUCAAACACGGCACUGAGUGCACCCUCUGUCAGUGCAAGAAUGGACAUAUCUGUUGCUCAGUGGACCCCAUGUGCCUUUAGUUCCUGAAGCUCUGAAGGCACCACCUGUACAUUGAUAUCCAUGUAAAAACAACCUGCAUUUUCCACCCUCCUGCCCAACUUCUUUAUACCAAAUACAAACAUGUAUCAUAGAACACAGAUGAUGAACUACAGUAGUCCUUCCCACAAGCCCCCUCUCUGUGUUCAGCCUCACCAAUCAGGGUGACUCGUGUGCAUUGAGGAACACCCCCGAAUCAUCUGCAACAUGACGCUGUAAAAUACUAUUAUGCUGGCAUGACUGUGCUCAUCGUAGAAACGUUUAGCUGAUUUCUAAACUCUUUUAAUCUCUAAAUGAUAUCCUAGGUAGUGAUCGUGUUAGUCUUAAUUUUUAUUUGCCACAUUAUGAAAGUUGUCUAUAUUUUGUGGUCCUCUGUAGCAUUACUUUCCAUUGUGUCUUUAUUUCAAGGCUUGUUAUCGUGUAAUGGUGAAAUAAAGUAUUUCCAUUUACAUUAA